UGCGAAAAUUCAAAGGCACCUGUAUUUACGCCCCACGGCGCUGAAGAUCCAUUCAACGAUUAGCCAUGGAUGAAGCGAUAGCUCGAGUUGUUGCAGAUCUCGAAGCCCAUUCCCCAAUUUCACAGUCCUUUCUCAGAGAUUUAGACACCCUAUUGGAUUUCACUCUCCAGACCAACGACACAAUCGACAUCGAGAAUUUCUACAAUGAACUUUCCUCAAGAAACCUCUCCCUCACUUCACUCACAAAUGCCAUUUCCACAGCCAUGGAUUCCGGAAUUACCUCCUGCACUUCAGUCUUGGCAUCAAAGGUGUAUCUCUCGCUGCUGUUAUCCCCAAAUUCCCCGGUUUUCACUCUGUUUACUCCCAUGGCUUUUCUCUCUCUUCUCCGCGUUGUACGAUUGGCCGUCAAGAAACCAUCUUCCGCCCGGGGGGAAGGCUCUGCGUCUCGAAGCACGGGUGCGAAGAAAAGGGGGAAGAGGAAAAUGGGGGGGAAUCAGGCUAGGGUUGAAAUUAGGGAUUUUGAGGAGAAUGAAGGGGAAGAGAGGGGUUUUGAUGUGAAAGACUUGUUUUUGCUGAUGGAGAAGCUGGAAAUGGUAAUGGGUUUGGUUCAUUUAGACCGAUUUCCUGAUUGUUUGAAGGCUUUGGUUCAGACAAUGUGUGAAAUUCCGACGACGGCUGUUGAUUCGUGGGACUCCGGGAGUUUUAGGAGGCUGUCUGAGCAGUGUUCGAGGAUUUUGAGUGAAGCGCUGAAGGGGGAGCAUGGGGAUUUGGGGGACACUGCGGCUGAGGUGUUGAAGGCGUUGAGGCCGUUGAUUUUGCUGUCGAAGUCGCAGGCGAGGAGCUUUGGCUUGGGGUUUGUGGUUAAUAGGAUGGUGGAGAUGGGUGAGCAUUCGGAUGAGAUCAAGAAGGCGGUUGCAAACAUGCCUAAGUUUUUGCUGCAGAGGGCACCGGAGAAGGCUGAGCCGAGGGCGUCAGCAGUUGAGUCAGUAAUGGAGAUUGUGAGGGCUUUGGAUUGUGGUCAUCAAGUUGAGUUUGCGGAUUAUGUGGUGAAGAUGAGCCGAGGGAAGACACAGUUUCGUGUUUUGGCAGUGGAUAUCAUACCUGUUUUGUUGGUGUCUUUGAAGGGUGCUUCAGAAUUUGAUGUGGUUGAGGAUUCUUGGGGUUUGAAGCUGUUGGAAGCGUUGAUUCAGCGCUGUUCUGAUUCUACAGCUGUGGUUAGAGCUAGAGCUUUGACAAAUCUGGCUCAGGUUGUUGUGUCCUUGUCUGGAAAUGAUGAAAGUAGGGCAAUGCUGAAGGAGGUUAUACGACACGGGGGUGAGGGGAUGAGCAAGAUUCUGAAACUACGUUCUGUGGAUGAGAAGGCUGCUGUUCGAAAAGCAGCACUUUUGUUGAUAUCAAAAUCACUGUCGUUGUUAGGAGAUGAACUUGAUGAGGAGCUGCUGAAGACAGUAGGCAUAGCUUGCUCUGAUCCGCUUGUUAGCAUUAGAAAAGUUGCAAUCUCUGCUCUAUCUGAGGCCUUUAGGAAAUACUCAACUCGUCUUGUGACCAAAGAGUGGAUGCAUUCUGUCACACGUUUGAUUGGUGAUAAUGAAACCAGCAUCCAGGAGGAAUGUGAGAGCCUUUUCUCGGAACUGGUUCUUGAUCGCGUAUCAAGGGCUUGUGACAAAAAAGGAAAGAACGUUAGCUUUGAUUUUGAGGCUGAGUCAUUGUAUGCAGAAGGAGUGCUUGGCCUGCUAAAGGAGCUUUGUGAUGGAGAGGUUUUGCCUUGGGUGAAAAAGAUCUGCUCGAGCCUAGGGAAAAAGAAGAAGCUUCAACGGCAAACUGCUAUAUCACUUCAGAAUAUCAUUAGGGCUUCUGAAGCCCAGUGGGUGCACAAUUCCAUGCCGAUGGAGAAAUGGACAGCACCCCAGGGUGCCUGGUUCUUGUUGUCCGAGGUAUCUGCAUUCGUUCCAAAGGCAGUUGACUGGGAGUUCCUUCAUCAUCAUUGGCAGCUUCUCGACAAUAAUAAACCAGCUAAUGAACUCCAAAGCCCUAUUCGUACUGGAUUUAUGGAUGAAGAAAUGGUAGAUAUAGAAUCUCAUUCGAUUACUUGGAUGGGAGAUCGAGUAUUUCUUUUGCAGACAAUUUCUAAUGUCUCCAUGGACCUACCUCCCGAACCUGCUGCGGACCUAGCACAGAACUUUCUCAAAAGACUCGAAGGGUUCAACAUGCAUCCAACUGAGGUUGAUGCUCAUAUAAAAGCACUCAAAACCUUGUGCAGAAGGAAGGCCUUAAAUCAGGAAGAGGCCGAUACCCUCGUAAUGAGAUGGGUGGACCAACUCAAACACAAAGCCUCCCUAGUCCUAGAAUCGUACAUGUCGCAAAUCUCCAAUCCAAAUAAAGCAAGUAGUUUUCUUACUCCUCCACCGACCUCUGUAAGACGAAAAAGAACAAAAACAGCUGAGUCGAAGUCAUUAGCACAAGCCAUAGUUGCUAUUUACACAAUUGGAUCACUAGUUAUCGUUUGUCCCUCAGCCAGUUUGAAAGAUCUAGUUCCAACUGUACACACCAUCAUAACUUCGGGGAGUUCUGAUCCAAAAUCUAGCAAACUUCCCACUCCUGCAGUUUCUGUUAAGCAGCUCGCCCCCUCCUUAUACGUGCAUGCAUGGCUGGCUAUGGGCAAGAUCUGUCUAGCCGAUGGGAAACUUGCGAAGCGCUAUAUUCCACUUUUCGUGCAGGAGCUUGAAAAGAGCGAUUCCGCUACUGUUCGCAACAACAUAGUGGUGAUGAUGGCAGAUUUCUGCGUGCGAUACACUGCUAUGGUGGACUGUUAUAUGUCAAAGAUCACAAAGUGCCUACGCGAUCCCUGUGAGCUAGUAAGAAGGCAGACAUUUAUCCUACUAGGAAGACUAUUACAGCGCGACUAUGUAAAGUGGAGGGGAAUUCUCUUCCUUAGAUUUCUGUUAUGUUUAGUUGAUGAUUCAGAUAAAAUCCGACAACUAGCCGAUUUCCUCUUUGGGAACAUCUUGAAAGCAAAGGCCCCUCUUUUAGCCUACAACAGCUUCGUGGAAUCUGUCUUCGUGUUGAAUGACUGCAACGCUCACACGGGGCGUAGCAACUCCAACAGUUCGCGCAAUGAGAACCAUAUCUUCACUAUACGGGGUAACGACGAGCAGUCAAGAUCUCAACGGAUGCACAUCUACGCGACUCUGCUGAAGCAGAUGGCACCGGAGCACCUCUUGGCCACCUUUGCCAAAGUGUGUGCUGAGAUUCUUGCUGCUGCAUCUGAUGGCAUGCUUUCUCUAGAGGAUACAACAGCGCAGUCUGUUAUACAGGAUGCGUUCCUAGUCCUCUCGAGCAAGGAGAUCCGAAUCCAGGCAAGCCACGGGGCAUCAUCGGAGGCAGGAGAGAUGGAAGAAGAAGGUGGAGACGGAGGAGGAGCAUCCACAUCCGCCUUAAAGGGAAGAGCCAUCACUCAAGCAGUGAGGAAAGGCCUAAUCCAGAACGCAAUCCCCAUCUUCAUCGAGCUCAAACGCCUCCUCGAGAGCAAGAACAGCCCCCUCAUCGGCCACCUCAUGGACUGCCUCCGGAUCCUGCUCAAGGACUACAAGAACGAGAUCGAUGACAUCUUGGUUGCUGACCGGCAGCUGCAGAAGGAGCUCAUCUAUGACAUGCAGAGGUACGAUUCCAUGAAGGCCAAGAGCACAGCGGCUGAUGCAGUUGCCACGGUGAGGAGGUCCGAGGCGUAUCAGUCUCCCAAGGGAGUGGCAAUGGAGAGGAAUCCCAACACGAUACGAAGCAAGCUGCCACAAAACCUGCAGAGCAACUCCAAGGUUGCUUCGGCCGUGGCUGAUGCUGCAGCUGCUGCCACAGCACGGUCCGUGCUCAGAGAGGUGAACGCGGGCGCCUCCACGCCUCUCGGCUCGAUCAACGUGCCCAAGCUGAAGUCGCGGCUGGGGGUGGCUAGUCAUGGAGGAGAGAAGCCGGCUGAGGUGAUUGAGUCUCUGAGAAGAAGACAAUGCUUUGACUCUGAUGAUGAGAAGUAGUAGUAACAUUUUGUAAAGAAUGAUUGUCUUAACCAUUGUAGUAGUGAAGUUAUUAGUUCAACUUUUGUAAGAAUGAUUGUAUCAUUAAUCUAAUUUUAACAUCCA